AUUCGAUUCAAAAAGUAUCACACAUCAGAUAUAUAUUUAUAUCCCCAAAAAAAUAUAUAUAUUUUUUGAUCAGAGAGAUGGUUUUUUGGAAGAAGAUAACCAGCUGUAUUACGAAGGGCGCCGUGGGGCAGCAGAACGGUGGUGGCAGUGGCCCGACCAGGGCCCCCAAGCAGCAGCUGAUGAACAUGGCGGACAUGCUGCAGCGUGUGCCGCCCAACCAGCUGCCACAGUUCCAGAUGUUCAAGAGGCGUAACGAAGAGUACAAAAGGCGCGUCAACAAGUAUCCCGACUCCAUGCCGAAAAUCGACUGGAAGUACUAUCGGAAUAGUGUGCGGCCGGAGUUCAUGAGUUGGGUGAGCCAGUUCGAGCAGGAGUACGACAAGCUGGACACCCUGUUCGUGAAUCGGCACGCGAUGAUCAGCAGCCGGCGGUACUUCGAGGAGGUCAACAAAGAGGCGGAGGAGAUGCAGCGGGAGAUCUGCGAGUACAAGGAGGAGUCGGACAAGCGCAUCGGCGAGCUCAACAAGCAGCCGGACAUCCUCAAGGCCAUGAUGCCGUACGAGGACAUGACCAUGGAGGAGUUCUGCCAGCAGCGGCCUGAUUUCAUCAACAAGCCCACGUUCUGGCCGCACACACCCGAGGAGCAGACGCCGGGACCCUCGGACCCGACGGCCGUGCAUCCGGAGGAGCCAGAAGAGCCCCCAAAGGCACCGUCUAAGCCGCCUGCUGCUGCAGCACCGCCCACUGCUGCUGCCAAGCCGAAGGACACCACACCGGAGCCGCAGAAACCUACAGAAAUAAGUGCAUCCCCAAAGAAGGAAGAAACCUCCAAGGCCGUGGAAGAAAUGACAGAGAAAGCCGCCGAGACGGCCAAGGAGUUGGCCAUAAAGGUGCAGCAGCUAUGUAAAGUGCCCUGUAGCUUUGGGGAAAUUCACUCGGGGAAUAGGAUAGCUUCUCGGCAGACCAAAAUUCAGGUACAUCUGUGCGUCCUAACAGCACUGGGGUUGGAAGAAAAAGAAAAUAAACGCGCCACCUAUAGGUCAAGGAUCGUAUCUGAGGAAAGAGUAAUGGAAGUUGACAGUUGA